CCUUCUCUUGAACAUUCCCUAAAAUGGUAUACCACCGUUCUUCUACACUACUACAGAGUACACAGUCUUGCCCUUGGACCCCUAGUCCAUUGAAGUUUUGGCCUUUUCCACAGACCUGACGCCUGAAGGCACGUCUCUCUGCAAAUAGGGAAAGGCCGUUGUGCAGAGUGCUUCUUUUCCCACCAUAUUUUGCUUCUCACUGUCCUGAUUUUCUUCUCAAGUCCGACCUAAAGCAAGAACGAGCUCCUGCCUCUCUCUCUCGCGGGUCCAAAGAAACCCUUCGAAGAAGAGGAGGGGAAAGGUCCUGUUGAUCACUGCAGAGAGGUUUUUGAAAUUCAGAACCGCAUUCCUGAUUUUCAAGGCCUGCUGGAGGUCAAAGCUUGCCGAGUUUAAUUUGUGUUCAGAGUCGUAUUGUUCCGGGAAAUGCACUGCAGAUUGAGGUCAGGAAUGUCGCACCACAUAGGAAAAGGAAAAGACAGUUGUGAUUCUGAGUUGAAAGAGUUGGAGGAUAAGUACUAUAGAAGACUGAAACGUGGAGAAUAUAAAACUAAAAGAUCCGAUUCAAAUUAUAGGUGUCCUUUCUGUUCCGGGAGUCGAGAUUAUGGUUUUAGGGAGCUUCUCAGACAUGCUGAUCGUGUUGGCAGAGAAUCUCAGAGCAGGGAUCUAAGGGAGAAAGCUCAACAUCUUGCUUUGUCGAACUAUGUGGAUAAGUACCUUAGGCCAAAGCGUGUUUCACAUUCUGCUAGCAAACAUGACUCCCACCGUCCAUUGAUGAGUGAUGAUCAGGGUAGAGAAAGGACUCCACAUCCUGCUUUACCAAACUCCGGGGAUAAGUACCUUUUGCCAAAGCAUGUUUCAGAUUCUUCAAGCAAACCUGACUCCCACCCUCCAUUGAGUGAUGAUCAGGGUAGAGAGGAAGUUCGACAUCUUACUUCUCCAAAUGAUGAGGAUAAAGCUGCUAAGCGAAAGCAUGUUUCGGAUUCUGCAAGCAAAUGUGAAUCCGGACCUGCAUUCUGUGAUCAUCAGGAUAGAGAGAGACUUCAUCCUCCUGGUUCACCGAACUUUGUGGAUAAGUACGCUAGGCCUAAGCAUGUUUCAGAUUCUUCAAGCAAACCUGACAACCACCCUCCAUCGAGUGAUGAUCAGGGUAGAGAGAAAGUUCAACAUCUUGCUCCGGCAAACUAUGGGGAUAAAACCUCUAAGCCAAAUCAUGUUUCAGAUUCUGCAGGUAAAGCUGACUUCCGCCCUCCAUUGAAGGAUGAUCAGGGUAGAUUUGUUUGGCCAUGCAUGGGCAUUGUCGCAAACAUCCCAACUGAGGUAAAAGAUGGGCGGCGAGUUGGAGAAAGUGGCUCGAAACUCAGGGAUGAAUUGACUACAAAAGGGUACAAUCCUAUGAGGGUGCAUCCGCUAUGGAACCGUAUGGGCCAUUCAGGGUUUGCCAUUGUCGAGUUCAGCAAAAAUUGGGAUGGCUACAAGAAUGCUCUCAUGUUUGAGAAACAUUUUGAGCUCGAAAGACGUGGAUGGGCAGAUUAUCAUGGUCGAUUUCGGAAUAGACGAGGAAAUGAACUGUAUGGAUGGUUUGCACGAGAUCGUGACUAUUACUCCAGGGAAAUUUAUGCUAAUUAUCUCAAAGACAAGGGAGAUUUAAGAAGUGUCUCCGAUGUUACAGCAGAAAAUGACAGGAAGGAUUCAAAACUUUUUUCUUCCCUGAAAAACACAUUGGAGGUCAAGCACGAGAACCUAAAGAAGAUGGAGGAGAAGUAUGAAGAUACAAAACUGUCUAUUGAGGAUGUACUGCGUCAGAAGGAGUCUAUGACUUCGCUGUACAAUGAAGCGAUAUCCAAGAUGCAGCAGGAUGUGCGUAAUGAUUUCCAAAAGAUUUUACUGGAGCGAGAGAGAACAAAGCAUGAUUUGGAAGCUCAAAGACGAGAACUGCACGAGCGGGAGAAGCAUUUGCACGAGCGGGAGAAACAUAAUGAAUAUGAAAUACAGAAACUGAAGCGGGAGAAAGAAAUGGUAUUCUACUGUCACCCUUUUGAUGCUAGCCUUUACAGAGCCACCAAUAUUAUGCGGCUUCUAUACUUGCAAAUUUACUUGCCCUCUCUUUUUCCUUCGUUCAAGAACGAGAAAGCAAUCUUGGAGCAGAAGAAAGAAGAAGCUAAAGCGUUAAAAUUGGCUCAGGAGCAUCAGAGAGAGAAAGAGAACCUUCACAAGAAAAUUUUCGAGUUGGAAAGCCAACUGGACGCCACACAAGCAGUGGAGCUCGAGAUAGAGCAGCUAAAGGGUGCAUUGCUGGUUCUUGGACACAUGGACGAAGACGAUACCCCAGAAAGCCGCAAGAAGAAGGAAGAGAUCAGAGAGAAGCUGGCUGAGAAGGAGGAAGAAUUGGAAGACUUGGAGGAUCUGAAUCAAACUCUUAUCAUCAAGCACAAAAAAGUUGAACAAGAACUCGAGGAAGGCCGCAAGGAGUUGAUCAAUGGGUUUUUGAGUUCCGGAACAAGUGGAAGAGCGAAUAUUGGCGCAAAGAGAAGUGGAGGUGCAAAGGCGAGUAGCAAGGGCAAGCGUGCCCAGUUGAAUGAACCAGCAGAGCUUUGGCAUUUCAAGGAGGAUAGAGAGGCUGCGUUUACUGAGGGGAUUGAUUACAUAAUGAAAAGUUGGAAGCGGUUAAAAUCGGCGAAGAGUAGUAAUGCGUUUGUCUUUGGGUGAGAUAGUUCAGUGUUGGGGAAGGCCAUGUCAGGUUCAAAUUACAUUUUGAUUCAAGCGGGUAUGACGAAGAAACCUAGUAGAGAAGGGUUCUAAUUACAUUUUCUCCUUGUCAAACAAGAUCAGAACCACUAUUUUGUAACCUCUAUAAACAGAGGACUAUAGAUAUACCUAAAACGAUCUUUUUUUGAGAAUUAUUGACAUUGAGAACUUUUGCUUGAAAUUUGUAGCGAAAUCGAUUAUCGUUUGAAGAGGUUAUUGACAUUAUCUAAUAGCUUAUCG